AUGUUCUUCUUUGCUGACCUGGCAGCGGUGGAGGCAGCGUGGGAUUCAGAGGACGCAGCAGCAGCAGACCCCAACGUGCCAGCAGCAGACCUGCGCACAGAGAGCAGUAGUUCCGAGUUUCCCCCUUCUUCCUUUCUCUCCCUUUCCCUUAUCCCAACCUCUCCUUCGCUGUCCCUGCUUCAGUUCUUCUCUGCUGACCUGGCAGCGGUGGAAGCAGCGUGGGACUCGGAGGACGCAGCAGCAGCAGAUCCCAACGUGCCUGCAGCAGACCUGCGCACAGAGAGCACGAGCUCUGAGGCAGGCAGUGGGCUUGAGUCUCAGGCGAGAGAGUCGGAGGAGGAGGCGAGGCUGGACAUUCGGGAAGCUGCCACGAAGAAGCAGGAGAGCAAGAAGACGGAGGCGAGGGAGUCUGAGGAGGAAGCGAGUCUGGACAUUCAAGAGGCUCUCACCAUUAAGCAGGAGAGCAAGCAGACGGAGAUAGGGGACGACUUUGGGGAGGUGGAGGGGGGAGCGACGAUCAUCCAGAGCAGCCCCGAGAGUAAAGAGCCGCCACUCAUGGCAGGGCCGGUGGGGCAGGGCACAGGGGAGGAGGGGGGCGGCGCCCUGCCCUCCCUGGACCUCGAAAACGCCAAGUUCCGCUGGCCGUCGUGCGGUGGUAACCUCAUGGUCUGGACUGUUUUUCCUGCCACUAAUUUUUUCCCUCUCCCCUUCCCCCCCCUCCCUUCUCCCCUGCACCUGCAACCCCCAAACCCUGCCCGCCCACUGCAUCAGGACGACUUUGGGGAGGUGGAGGGGGGAGCGACGAUCAUCCAGAACAGUCCCGAAAGCAAAGAGCCGCCGCUCAUGGCAGGGCCGGUGGGGCAGGGCACAGGGGAGGAGGGGGGCGGCGCCCUGCCCUCCCUGGACCUCGAAAACGCCAAGUUCCGGUGGCCGUCGUGCGGUGGUAACCGCACGGACUGGGUGCCGUGCCUGGACAAUGAGAAGGCGAUCAAGGCGCUGAGGACGAACAAGCACUAUGAGCACCGCGAGAGGCACUGCCCGCUGCCUGGCGAGAUGGAGAAAUGCCUGGUGCCGCUGCCCAAGGGGUACAAGGCUCAUGUGCCGUGGCCCGAGAGCAGAGACCAGGUGUGGUAUGACAACGUGCCGCACCCGGGCCUGGCGAGCUACAAGAAGGAUCAGAACUGGGUGGCGAUGGAGGGAGACAAGCUUGUGUUCCCGGGGGGUGGCACGCAGUUCACCCAUGGCGCCACGGGGUACAUCAACUUCGUCCAGAAGGCCUUCGCCGACGUGGCGUGGGGCAGGCGAGUGCGGGUGAUGCUGGACAUGGGCUGUGGUGUGGCGAGCCUGUCAGCAUAUCUGGACGCGUUUGACGUGCGAGUCAUGUCCAUGGCACCCAAGGACGAGCACGAGGCACAGAUUCAACUGGCUCUAGAGCGAGGGGUGCUAGCGGUGGUGGGGGUGAUGGGCACACAGCGCCUGCCCUUCUCCUCCAACUCCUUUGAUGCCGUGCACUGCGCUAGAUGCCGUGUGCCAUGGCACAUUGAUGGUGGCAUGCUGCUAUUGGAGCUGAACCGAGUGCUGAGGCCAGGAGGCUUCUUCAUCUGGUCGGCCACGCCUGUGUACCGCCACAAGGGGGAUGACGAGGAGAUCUGGAGCGCAAUGACUGACCUGGCAGAGCGCAUGUGCUGGACGUUGAAGGUGCGGGAGAAGGAGGACGGGCUGGACAACGUGGGCGUGGCCGUGUGGCAGAAGCCCGCCGAUAACCGCUGCUACAGCGAGCGCAGUGCAGGGACCCCGCCUCCCAUGUGUGAAUCGGACGACAACCCCGAUGCUGCCUGGUAUGUGCCAAUGAAAGCAUGCCUGAAUCCCGUGCCGGCGUUCAAGGGUAUGCGGGCGGCGCAGUGGCCAGCCAUGGGCAGGGCGAGGCUGAGGGCCGUGCCUGCGUGGCUGCAGAUGCUCAAACGAGGGGUGUUCGGUGGGCCCGCUGUUGCUGAGAUGAAACGCGACCAGAUCCACUGGAAGAAGGUGGUUGCGUUCUACGAUGCUUCUUUUGGCAUCGACUGGGGCACAGUGCGGAACGUGAUGGACAUGAACGCUCACUAUGGCGGCUUCGCAGCAGAGCUGGCAGUGUCAAAGAAGCCCCUGUGGGUGCUGAACGUGGUGCCGACAAGUGGCCCCGACUCGCUUCCGAUAGUGUUUGAGCGUGGGCUGGUGGGCAUCUACCACGACUGGUGCGAGUCAUUUAACUCGUACCCGCGCUCCUACGACUUUCUGCAUGCUGACCAUACCGUCUCACAGGAGGUUGGCAGGUGUGACAUCACGUCUGUGCUGCUCGAGAUGGAUCGUCUGCUUCGCCCAGAGGGCUGGGCAGUGUUCCGUGACCAUACCCGCAUGGGGGGGUCUAUCCUCAACAUCGCAACAUCCUUCCGCUGGCGCCUCAAGUUCAACAAGACCGAGGGCGGAGAGGUGCUGCUGGCAUUUCAAAAGGGCUUCUGGCGACCCAAGGAAGCAGUGGAGGAGGCAGCUUGA